GUGGCCCAAUUUCACAACAUUUCCGGUUUUUUCUACGCCAUUUUGGAGAAAGACUCUCCAGAUCGACUUUUUUGCCUCUUUCUACAAAACCUCUGUGGAUUUGGAUUCUCGUUGAUAUUUUCUUCCUCCUCCGUCGACGACUAUGGCUGAGCAGCUCACCGAUGAUCAGAUCUCCGAGUUCAAGGAGGCCUUCAGCCUCUUCGACAAGGACGGCGAUGGCUGUAUCACCACCAAGGAGCUUGGGACUGUGAUGAGGUCACUUGGCCAAAAUCCAACCGAAGCUGAGCUGCAGGACAUGAUCAAUGAGGUGGAUGCUGACGGAAACGGAACCAUUGACUUCCCUGAGUUCCUGAAUUUGAUGGCUCGGAAGAUGAAAGACACCGAUUCUGAGGAGGAACUGAAGGAAGCCUUCCGUGUGUUUGACAAGGACCAGAAUGGUUUCAUUUCUGCAGCUGAACUCCGCCACGUGAUGACAAAUCUUGGUGAGAAAUUGACCGACGAAGAGGUCGAUGAGAUGAUUCGUGAGGCUGACGUGGAUGGUGAUGGCCAGAUUAACUACGAGGAAUUCGUUAAAAUCAUGAUGGCCAAGUGACAAAUGGAUCAAACGUGAAAGAAGAGAACCUAUAGAGGCUAAGAACCGAGAGAGAGGUUAGCACAACUGUGUUCCAUGGCACCUAUAUACCCAACUGGAACACUUUCUAUGUAGGACCCUUCUUCUUCUUCGUGUUACUAGCUUUACUUUGGUUCUUCUGUUAUCUUACUCUCUCUGUUUGCAUAAUUUAUGGUACUGUAUGCCGGUAUUGUUUGCUGUUUCCUUUUUCUUUUUCCUUUUUCAGUAGAUUAGAUAGUGGUGGAGUCUUCUAUUAAUAUUUGCUAUCUUCUUUUUGUGUUUGGGAAUAUCAGUUCAAGUACAUUUCAAUGAAUCCAUUUCUUUUUGCUCAUCAA